CCCACCCUCCCAAUAAUAUCGACCCGAAACACGGCAAGAAAAGCCGGCGCAAGAACACACUACUGUUGGUGUUCCUAGCAGAGCAGCAGUAGCUGAGCCGAGAAAGCAAAGCGAACAGGAAAAACUCGUGGUUGGCACGCACCAGUCGUCCAGUCCUAUCAAGAAAUUGGGUUCCCGGCUAGCAGUAGCGGCACCACCAGCCGGCACUACCCCAAACAAGGAGCGAGAUGUGGACAGGGAGGAAGAUGGGUUGAAGCCUGAAGGCCUCCCGAUCCCCAGCAAGGAAAAGGGAUCGGGGGAGGGGAAGGGAAGCAGAACCAACCUACUACUGCCCAAGCUCAACUGUAGCUGAAAAGAGGAAAGGGAGGGUGGCGACUGGCGAGCCGGCCGGGAUGAUGGAGAGGAGAGGAGAGGAAAGCGAACGGCUGGUGGAUUUGGACGAGGGAGCGGCGAGGGUGGGGGAUGCAGCACAGCCACAGCGGCAGGUUCACGACCAAACCCACCACCACGCCAUCAUUAUUGGAGCAAAGAUGUGGGAAAGCAAAAGGAGGAAGGAUAGGGAGUUGGACGGGAUGGAGAGGGCAGGCCAGAACAAAAGAGAUGGGCAGGGAAAGCAAGCAAAGGAGCUGGAAAGCAGGCAGAGAUGGCGACUGUUACAGAUGAACCAAGCCACCUCUGUCUCCCUCUCUGACUCUUCCCUCUUUCCCACCUCUUCUACACAAGCAAGCUCAGCAGUCACUACAGUCCACGCCAAGCUCGGCUCCCCUCCCCUCCCCUCCGCUCCGCCUCUUCCACAGCGCCACUGCUGCUCAGCAUGGAUUGACGAGAGGUCUGUAGCUUUUGGUUCCUGUGGCACGGGCGGUGCGGUGGCGAGCAUCCUCCCAUGGCUGGCAGCCAUGGAUGGUAGAUAUACGUGGGUCAAAAUGGCGGUGGUGGCGGCGGCGGGAAAAGCGAGUGGACCCCGCCCAUGUCCAAGCAACCACUGUGCUUUGUUGUUUCUGUUGAAUGGUGCGGCGUGCGUGGCAUCAGAGCUCUCCAACCACGUGUACGUGUGUACUCGAUGCGACGGAACGGAGCAGGAAGCGAUGGUGCGUUGACAUGGGAGAGCAUACGACGACGCGACGCGACGCGAGCGUGUUGUUGUCGGUCACCAGAACGGAGUAGUUCUGCCUGCUAGGACGGAUCACGGGCAUGGACGACGAUGGAACCACUCGUCCCGUACUGCUUCUGCUAGAUUAAGAGGCUGUUUGAUACCAUUACAAGCGUGCUAAAAUAGUUGGAAACUCCAUGUUUCCGAGUGAUUUCUAUUUUUCAAAGAAAAAUAAACUAGUAGUCUUUAAAAAA